UUUAGUUUUGUUUGGCCCGGGCUUUUUCAAAACCGCAGCCAUACGUCACCCAGGCAUGUACAGACAGGAGAGCCGAUGCAGCCGGCCUGACUUUCACUCGGCGGGAGAUGCACGAUCAGCUGGCCGAGCUGGAAGAAGGGAGCCCGGGGCCCAGCCCGGUAUCAGAGCAGGCCCCGUCCUCCUGGCUGCAGCGUACCCGGAAGCGUGUACAGCGUAGUCCGAGCUUGAGGCUGGUGAUCGGGGACCGGCAGCCUGUGUGUGUGCUAGCCGUACAGCGCUACCUUGGCGAGAUCGGCCGUUGCCGCUACUAUUACGACAUUACGGUGUAUGAUGGGGUCGUACAGGACACCUGGCUGUUGUCCCCGGAGCUCGGCCAUCUGGUACAAAGCAAGCGGCUCCGCUGCGGCUCCCGGGUCACCAUUAGCCUGUGCUCGUACCGCUAUGUGGAGAAGAAGCUGUCCGGGGGGCUGGUGUGUAUAGAGGAGGUGGAAGCCGGGGAGGACAUGAAGGAGGAGAAGGACUGUGUGCCUGUGGAGGAGAUCGUACCCCUGUGUGGGGACAAGAUGCACUAUCUACCCCUCUGGAAUAAUGAUGAUCCCUAUGGUGACAUAUGGGACCGGGGGAAGGAGGCAUUCCGGCCCAAUGUGGAUGUGUCCAAAGUAUGUUCACUACAGAGGCUGGAGCCAAGAUGGAGGUCAAAAUUGUCACUUCCUCCCCUGCUUGUACGAAUAAUGCAUAAAUCCAGACUUCGAUAUUUUGGCAAAGCUGACAAGAAGAUUCAAUAUCCUUACCAGGCCUAUUUUGAAGUUGCUGAUCACUCUGGUAUGAUGUCCAUGGUGAUGUGGAAUUUUUUGUGCCUGGAAUGGUACAACACACUUCAGAUCGGUAAUGUCGUCUUACUCCAGCAGUAUGCUUUGAAGAAUAGCUAUCCAAACAGGACACUCCCAACAACUUGCAAUACGCAGGUGAAAAGACUGCCUAAUCUUGAAAUUAGCUUGAAUGCCAAAGAUCCUGUAUCCAAGAUUUCUGUUCUUCGAAAAGAAGAUGUGAAGCCUGAAUGGAGACUACCCAAUGUGAAAUACCAAUUUAUCACAAGAUCAGAAUUGAAUCAUUUACCUCAUAACCAAGUCUGUGAUGUUAUUGGUCUUGUGACGUAUGUGGGAAGAUGUGAACGAAAACGGAUCCGAGAUGAAGGUGAAGAUUUCUGGUUGUACCGUUGGGUCCAUGUGAUUGAUAGGACCUCUUAUCAGCCACUUUUACUUGAAAUUUUUGCAACCUCACAACCCAACAUAUUUGAGAAAAUUCAUCCCAUGACGUAUCUUGUGUGCACGCAGAUGCGCGUGGUCCAUGAAUAUCCAGAGGACAAAUGUUGCCAAGCUUACCUCACAACCUCCAAUGAAAGUCAGGUGUUCAUAACUGAAUACCAUAAAGGACAGCCCUAUACAAGCGAUCAAAAGGUAAAAGAUUUUGUAGACUGGAUGAAAACUCAGGAUGAAGCUGAUUUCCAGAGAAAAAUCACCAUUGGCGGGUAUCAUCCUUACCCACAAACACCAGCAACGUUUGCCAAGUACUGUAGUGAUAAUAAAGUAGAAAAAAUGUUAUCGACAAAUGAUGAACUUAAGACACUUAUUGAUCACCUUAAUUACAGAGAACAUAGGCGUGUUGCCAUUCAAGGUAUAAUUGCUGCUUGCAGAUUUGUUGAAAAUGAGGAAUUGGAAGCUGCAGAAGUACACUCGCAUGAAGACCUGGCCUCUGUUGUGUCUUUGGCACAUCAUGGACAAACUGAACUGGACUCGGGGGAACAAUCCCCCAGUGGUGCAAAUAAAAAGCAUAAAACAGAUGUGACCACUUCUCAUAGUAAUCCUGAAGAGGCUACACCUUACAGUGAGUCCAGAAAUGUGACUAAAGUAAAGAGAAGGAAGAAGCAUGCAGUAGAUGUUAGCCAUAAUGUGCAAUUCUCCUCCCAUGAUGUGGACACCAACAUUCAGGAAUCCUUGUUUUCCGAAGCAGAUGAGACUCGUAGCAGUGUUGCAGGGAGUGAAAAGAGUGACAGAACAUGGUCUCCUGGAAGAUCCUGGGAAAGUGCUCUCUGGUCUGAGGUCAAACAUCACCUUACAGAUCACUUAUAUCAUAGCACAGUAUUUCCAGAAAGCCUACCUCGAAAGUUUGAUUACGGUCGCAGGAAGUUCCUCAUGCAGCAGUACAAUCUCCACCCAGCUAAACUUGUGAAGUCAAUGUGUACCUCAAAGUUGAAACUUCAAGAUUUCACUAGUGCCAGUGGGCCUGGCCAUUAUGAAGUCACCAUAUUGGGUAUAAAUCAUGAUGUAGCAAUUGACGUGUCUCUGCCUGUAUAUAAGAACUUCAGACUGUUUGGCCCAAAUUGCUUUCCUAACCAUAUUCAAUGCCUCAGUCCAGACUGGAAUGCUGAAACCCAAGAUCAACACUGGCUGUCUCUUAAAGAUGAACUUGUGAAAUAUGCCUGUGCACAAGACCGACAGCAUACUAUAUGUAUCCUGGACAUCUGCCACCUAGGGGAAAGAAAAGUGGAAAUUUUUCUAAACAGAGUUUACUAUCCCAUCACAGGGGAUUUGCCAUGACUGUAACAUUUGUACUGCUAAGUUAUU